AUGGCCUCACUACUGCUAGCAUCACCUCCUCCACUCUCCACUCAAUUGCACUCUUCCACCUCUCGCCUUUCCUUCUCUCACUCCCAAACUCUCUCCUCACCUCUCUCCACUCCCUUUCCUUCCCUCUCAGCCUCUGCAACCUCCACUCUCUCCCCAACCCCUUCUGUGUACUGUGGCAGAGGGGACAGGAAAACUGCAAAGGGAAAGCGCUUCGCCCAUUCGUUUGGGAAUGCGAGGCCUAAGGACAAGAAGAAGGGUAGAGGGCCACCGAGGAUUUAUGCUCCACCGGCACCUUCCAAGAAAGACAGGUUCGAAGAUAAUGAAGUGGUGAAGAUUGAAAUUGAUGAGUCCCUCUUUUCUGGUUGA